UGCGUCCUUGUUGUGUGUACAUCUGCAAUAUUAUGAGGUGACAAACUAAAAAAGCGACCCAAAAAGUACAUGGAGGGGGAUCCAGUCUUCGUGGUCAAAGGUCAAGAGCCAAAGGGCACGUGCAGCAAGAUGGAGAAGGAGAAGGAACAGGCGGAUGCGGUCGCCGAGCGAUGGAUGAUGAUCGAACACCUGAAAGCGGAGGAGGAGGAGGAGAAAGGCGGGAGAGACGUUUGCCCGUGCUGCGUUCCGGGCGAGAAAGACGCUCACAGGACAGAAAUGGAGGAGCUUUGCGGCUACCGGUGCUGGACGCCAUCUUGGCUGCAGAAGUUCACGCACGGGAAGUGCGUCGUCAUAGCGAUAAGCCUGCUGACGUUGGUGCAAAGCAUGCUGGUCUCGGGCUACCUCAGUAGCGUCAUCACCACCAUCGAGAAACGGUUCGAACUCCACAGCAGCCAGUCGGGGCUCAUCGUGAGCAGUUACGAAAUCGGGAGCCUGCUGGUCGUGGUUUUUAUCAGUUACUUCGGCGGACUGGGCCACAGACCGAAGUGGAUUGGCUGCGGUGCGUUCCUGUUGGCUCUUGGUGCUGCUCUCUUCACGCUGCCCCACUAUCUGGCCGGGAAAUACGACUGGGAAGCACGCGAUCUGAAAAACAGAACAGAAGACAGUAACCUGUGUAAGAACACGACAAAUAACGGGAAUAACGCCGACUGCAUGUCCAAGUCGGGAGAUUCCAUCUUCAUGUUCCUGUUUAUGGGGGCGCAGAUUCUGAUUGGCGUGGGCUCCACCCCCAUCUACACACUUGGUACGACCUACAUCGAUGACAACGUGAAGAAGAGCCAGGCUUCUAUAUAUCUAGGUAUCAUGUACACAGCAAGUGCAAUUGGUCCGGCGCUGGGGUUCCUGCUGGGCGCUCUGUGCAUCAGUUACUACGUGGACAUCAACUGGCUGGAUUUCACCAACGUAGAGAUGACGCAGAAAGAUCCCAGAUGGGUGGGAGCAUGGUGGGCAGGAUUCCUCCUAUGUGCCUUGUUCCUGGUGCUCUGUGCCCUGCCCAUCCUGGCCUUCCCUGCCACGCUGCCCAAGGUUCUGCGGAUGGAAAAGACGUACCACCUGACAGCCGAGGGCACGGAGGAGGAGGGUGAUGGCAGCACGCUGCAGGGAGAGGAGGGCAUCACGCACAUGAGCUUUGGCAAGAAACUUCGAGACAUCCCCCAUGCAGUCCUGAGCCUGUGUACCAACGUGCCUUACCUGUGUAUCAGCCUGUGUGCCACCAUGGAGCUCUCGGUCGUCACCGGCUUCAUCACAUUCGUACCCAAGUUCCUGGAGUCUCAGUUUGGAGUCUCCGCGUCGGAAGCCAACCUUCUCACUGGAGUGGUGAUCAUCCCCAGUGCAGGCGGUGGCAUUUUGCUGGGCGGUUACAUCAUGAACCGGCUGAAACUGGACCUGAAGGGCGCGGCGCAGUGGUCGCUGGUCAGCGCUGUCGUGUCGCUUAUUUGCCUGGCCACGCUGUUCACCGUCGGCUGUCACACUAUCAACAUAGGGGGGCUCACCAUUCCAUACAGCGACAGAGUCCCUUGGGACACAGAUGUCUUCUUGUUCCCAGGAAGGUCAUCUGCAGGCAUAAAGGAAAAACCAGAUAUGAAUCCCAACUUUGACCACCAGGCACCCAGUGAGUUCACAGCCAACUGUAACCUGCACUGUGACUGUGCCAUCCACUCCUACUCCCCCGUCUGUGGCUCAGAUGGUAUCACCUACUUCAGCCCAUGUCACGCAGGUUGCAGGAAGGUCACCAACUUCUUAUGGGACGGGCAGACAACCAAAUAUAACUACACGGACUGCAGCUGUGUAGCGGUCGUCUCCGUGGAGACCAUCAACACCAAGAAGUACCGAAUCGAGGAGCAGAAACUGAGAUAUGGGGGCCAUGUCAUCACUGGGAAGUGUCACCGUGACUGCGGCACCCUGGCUCCGUUCCUGGUGUUCCUGUUCAUCGUAACCUUCAUCACCUGCUGUGCUCAAGUGCCUGCCAUGAUGGUCACCCUCAGGUCAGUGAAGAAGGAGGAGCGACCUUUUGCCCUUGGCAUCCAGUUUGUCCUCUUUCGAACGCUUGCCUACAUCCCCGCCCCGAUCUACUACGGCGCGACGAUUGACACGGCCUGUAUCCUCUGGCAGCCGCUCUGCAACGGCGACAAAGGUGCGUGCUGGGAGUACGACGCCACACGGUUCCGAUUCCUGUACUUCGGUCUUUCGGCGGGGUUAAAGGCCAUGUCGGUUCUCUUCGUCUUCAUGACCUGGAUUUCCCUACGAAGGGCGGCCACGGAAUAUGUCGAGGACGCGGAAAACAGGAACGCUGAUGCGAGCAACGCGUCGACGUUUAGCGAGGAAGGGGCGGUCGGGUACGACGAAUCGUUGGACGAAACGAGAACAACGAUUCUCAGCGAGGACGGCAACAUUAGUUUCCAGUCUCCCCGAUCUCUAUGUCCACCGUUACAGAACGGUAUGUUAGCGUAUGAAAGUCAUGUCUGAUGGUAGGAUAUUUAGUAGAAAGCCUCCAUAGCAUGCCAAAAACUGGGGGUUUUGGGGGGGGGUUUCAGGGUCUUUGGGAGCUUUUAUGUGCUAUUUUCUGAUUGCAUAUAGACAACAUAGCCGGCCUGGUUGAACUGGGCUCAUCAGAAAACAGCCGAAGACCACCAAACCCCCAGUUCUAUAAGCCUGCUACAGAGGCUAUUUAGUAGAAAUGGUUGUAAAAUAUAACUGUGUAUGAAUGUUGGCUGUUCCUUUCUUCUGUGGACUCAAAGAGCCUGCUACAUCCAGCCAUGUAUUAUGUAAGUAACAAAGAGGACAUUGCAUGAAGACAAUCUGUAACAAAAAGGUGAACUGUUUGCUGCCAUUUUUGUAUAGUCUAGCCACAGAAAUUGAAAGAGCCAACAUUUGGUACAAAUCCCAAUGUACAAAAUGUACUUAAUGCCACAUGUACUCUUCACAUGCUUAUCUCACCUGACCACCCCUUUACUGAGAUGGAUUGUUCCUGUAGAUACUGGUAUCUACAUGUACAUGGACUGGCCCAUCUCAGAACUGGGGGUGGCGUUAAUAUUUUGAAAGCACUCUGUACAGGAAGUUGCCAUGACCAAAGAGAGCACAUAUGGAUGAUAAUAUAUUUUAAAACUUUGAUGACAAAAAGGAUGUAUAAAUGAGAGCAAAUGAUAAUGUACAAGUAGACAAUGUCGGCAGGGUAGUAACCAAUGUCUACAUCUGCGCAGCGGACUUAAACAAAAUCUCUUCAGGAAAUGCUAAACUACUGCUGAAAAUAUCACAGGCUUUCUAUCAAAGGAGGCCAAAAUAAUAUAGAAAAUGGUGUCAAAAUGAAAACUUAUUAAUAAGAGCUUCGAAUGAAAGCUCAUCUGUGUUGGUGGAAUCCAUAGUUGUAGAGUUUAAACUUUGUGCCAACACAAGAAGGGAACUCACCAUAAAUUCACAGUUAAUCUCGUCAACCUUCGUGAGAUGCGCUCGCUGACUCUCUGGAAGCGUGAUGACAUCAGUAAGUGGUGAAUGAUGAUGACAUUGGCCAAAAAUUUAUGGUGAGUUCCUUCUUUGGUGUUGGAACAAAGCUUAAACUCUACAACUAACUUAAGAGCUUAAUACUACAUCUUGAAGGACACUGUAAGUUGUGUCUUGAGAAGUUUUGCAAUGUUCCAUCGUCUUGUGGCUUUCCGUCUUUAGAAUGCCUUGUCAUUGUUGUUGAGUCAGUGCCUCAGGAGCAGGUUUUCAACUACAGCAAAGUUAGACGAUGUUCAGGUAGCUUUGCUCUGCCCUACAAUAUAAUAUAGCACCAUGGUUUGUACAUGCAUGUCUGUGUAGAGCAAGCCGACAGUGAUAUAGGGAUAGAGCAGCAUGUUGGCAGAAU